GCCCGUGCGGUAUCUCAGUAUUACGCACGUAAAGUUAUCCCAGAAUUAACCAAGGGGGUAUCCCAAAAGUACCGUGUGGUUUUUCUCGCAUCGUGGUCUAGUGAUUGUGGAGGUAUUAAUUUCCAGUUGAUGAAAUUAUAGAACGAACAAUACCCCAAAGGGCCACUACUUAACACCAAACAAUAAUGAAAGUUCCGGUGUAAAAACACAUGGUGCAAAUUCAUUGAAUUCAUUAAAUUAUAACUUCCAACAUUUUUAAUCGUCAAAUAAAUCCGCCAGAAGAUUUGGUUUUUUUUUUUUCACCCAAAUGUAUUCAACUUCGAUGCUGAUAGAGUUCAAGGGUCAACGUGCUGAAAUUUUGAUGGUAAAUCAGUGUCUGAGUGAAGUAGACGUUAAAACAAAUCUACUAUGAUAACCCUAUUCUUGGGGUUCAAUCAUUGAUCACAUUUUAAUGUCACCUAAACAGGAAUGGGCAUUAACAUGGACAUCAAAAGUACACUCGAUUAUGAAUUUAUAAAUCUGGACAAUCUCGAUGAUAAUGUCAAGAGUGAGAUCCGCACUAUCCUAAAGACGGAGAUUGCUUCAGAUGUUCUCAAAUUACCUUGGGACAAUGGCGAGAAAGAUUAUAAUUCAAAUUCGGUCGUGCCAGAAAUGCAGCCGGAGGUGCAAAACCACUGGCAGCAACCUUAUGACGACUCCAUCCCCAGUUACGAGGUGGCGACUCCACCCGCCCUGCUGACCCCCCCCAUGUCAACCAUAGCUUAUCCAGGGGCUCCACUCAUGCAGAUGAGUCCCUACCAGGACUGGCAGAUGAGUACAGCCUAUCCCACCACACCCACCGAUCCCACCACCUACACAUACGUCUCCACGGUCCCCUACCCAUCCCCAAUAUACAAUCCUCAACCAACGGAAGUCCUGACAACGCAAUCGCCAGUUCGAGACAACCAACGUCCAGGUCGCCAGCGCAAUAGAAAAACUGACAACUACAAUCGUCCAAUUGCCAAUGACAUGCAGCCCCCCUACAUGAUGCAAUCAGGCCAAUUCAGUCAGAUCCAGGCAAUAUGUCACCCAGGAGUUCCAUAUCUUCCAUACGUCUCCUCCCAACAGCAUGCAACCGCUGGUCGGCCAAUAUUUAUACCCCAACCCCAGUACUCCCAGAUUCAUCACAACAGUCACCAGUACCACCAGCUACCCACAAAUUACCAUCCGCACUCGCCAACAGUAAAACAUCAACGACAAAAUGCACAAAAUUACAAUCCAAUAUAUAAUCAGGGGACGAAGAAUGAUAAAAAAAUUUACGAGAGCCAACGUACCACUGCCACCCAGUCAUUCCGUCAGGCAUUGAAUCAUAAAACUAAUAAUAAUUAUAACGAUAAUGUUAGUAAUGUGAGGCGAGAGAGUGCAGAGGCGGUACCUAAGAGUGAGGAUAAGAAUUUUGAGACAAUCAUGAGUAAUGGAACUGUGAAUGAGACAAAGUGUGAGGGCGAGGAAGUGGCGGUGGUCAGCGAGAUCAAGGUGGAGGCAUCUGAUGGGCCAUUGCAGGAGGUGAAGAUUAUGAAGGAGCUUGUUGAGGAAGAGGAAAUUUUAACUGCAGCUAAGGGGCCUGGCGAGGAUGUACAGGCGGAGGUAAAUGGAGAGAAGGACGACGAUUCUGGAAGGAUUGACGAGAUCAAGGACGUCAAGGAAGUCAAAGAAGUGAAAGAAGUUAGUGUCGGUGUGACACCUGCAGCCAAAACCUUCGCCAGCAUCCUCAAGAGCAAUGAGACGAAGAAUCACCCUAAUUUCACCCAGAGUCAGGGGUUCAAAUUAUCACCAGCUGUUCGGGAAAAUGCGGAUUGUGUAAAUAAUGGGGUUGACAGGGAGGAGGGGAGGACUGAGGAGGGUAAGAGACCGACGGAUGAACACCUGGGGGAGGCUGGAUUUGGGGAGAGGAAAUCACUCCCUGUGGAUCAUGUACAGACACCGCUUAAUCAUCCUUCUAUGUACAGAAUGGGGGAAUUUUUACUCCAUUAUCAAAUGGAUAAGCAAACUGUAAGUUUACUGCCUCGUGGCUUAACGAAUCGCAGCAAUUAUUGUUAUAUCAAUAGUAUAUUACAAGCAUUACUCGCCUGUCCACCGUUUUACAAUCUCCUGAGGGCUCUGCCGCGCCCCGAGCAUCCGUUGAAAAAUUCAUCGACUCCAUUAAUUGAUAAUAUGGUAAAAUUUGUUUACGAAUUCCUGCCUCUACCCGAGGGUGAACGCCUACACCGAAAAGACAGAGGUCAGAAGAAGAAUGACGAUAGCUUUGACAUCAAAGGUGGCACCGCCUUUGAGCCCUCGUAUGUCUACACCAUGUUGAAGAAUACAUCAUCCCCGGGGGUUUUCUCGAUCGAGGGAAGGCAGGAGGAUGCCGAAGAAUUUCUAUCGUGUUUACUCAAUGGUAUAAGUGAUGAAAUGCUUGAGUUGAUGAAACAAGUGAGUGAGGAUUCCCAAACCUCCAAGGGAACCGAGGAGUUGAACGUUAAUUACAACAGUGGGGAUGAGGAGUGGAAAGUGAUGGGUCCAAAGAACAAGGGUUCGAUAACCCGUUGCACUGAAUUUGCUCGCACCCCUCUGUCGGACAUCUUCCGUGGCCAAUUGAGAUCAAGAAUUCUACGUCAGGGUGAUCAAAGCACUGACAAUGUACAACCCUUUUUUACUCUUCAAUUAGACAUUGAGAAAGCAGAAUCAGUGAGAGGUGCCCUAGAGAUUCUUGUAGGGAAAGAUCAAGUUGAAGGCAUGACCUGCAGCAAAACAAAGCAGCAGAUUCAGGCGUGGAAACAGGUGACACUCGAGGAGCUUCCAGUCAUCCUUAUCCUCCAUUUAAAAUGGUUUGAUUAUAAACUCGAUGGCUGUUCCAAGAUAUUUAAAAAUGUUGCCUAUUCCAUUGAUCUGAAAAUUGAUGGCAAAAUUUUAUCACCAAAUGCCACGAAAAAAUUGACAGUCAAACAGAAACAGUAUAAACUAUUCGCUGUAACGUAUCACGAUGGAAAAGAGGCAACAAAGGGUCAUUACCUAACAGAUGCAUUUCACGUGGGUUUUGGUGCGUGGGUGCGUUACGACGACAGUUCUGUCAAAGGUAUAUCCGAGAAUGACGUGUUGAAUCCAUCCCCACCACGCGUACCAUACUUACUUUAUUACAGAAGGUGUGACACAAUCGGUAAUCAACCAAAUAAUACUAGAACGCGUUGAUUUUAGCCGAUGUCUAACGAAUAACCAAGAAAAAUUGAAGAGAAUAUGGAAAGCACUGUAGUUAAACUGAUAAGUUUGUUUUUUAUAAUAAAAAUACAGAUGAAUAAAUAUUAUCAAUAAUUGUGAGAAAACGAAAAAAUUACGCGAUAAAUUUAUAGAUUUUCAAGGUAAUAUAAAUGAACUCUCAUGUUUCAUAUAUUUGAGAUGAAAGAUUAAGUGGAUUCAUGUAAUUAUUAAACUUCGAAUAUCCGAAAAAUGAAUGAAAUAGGUACAGACAAAUUUUUAAUAAUUAUUAAUGUCGUUAUAUUCUUUAAACAUCCGAGUCAUCAUAUUUUCGUUAAUUAGGCGUGUAAUAUCAAUUGUUACAAGUGCUAUGUGCCUCAUUUUUUAGUAUAUUGAAGAUUAAUAAUAAAGAUAGCAUUACUAUUU